AAAUUCUUCAAAAAAAUGAAGCCCUGGAGAACUUUAGGAGUUGUAGAAACCAUUUAUGAAGAAGAAGCUUAUGAUGAUAACCAUGACGAUGAUGAUGAUAACUCUCCUUCACUCGUCUCAACUCCUCCUUCACCACCCCAUUCAAGAGUAGAAGCUUGGUCAUCCGCAAUGGGGUGUAAAACUGACGUAUUGAUACAUGUACAGGGAACUGUUUUUCAUCUUCAUAAGGAUCCUCUGUCGUACAGGAGCACCUAUUUAAGGCGGAAAUUAACCCAACAAUCUGAAUUCACGUUAUCCCCGCCGUUAAACAUAACCGUCGAAACCUUCUCUCUCGUUGUCGAUUUUUGUUACGGGGCUCAUCUCCUCGUAACGCCGUUCAACGUCGCGUCCCUCCUGGUAGCAGCGGAACUCCUCGGGAUGACGGAGACCAAAGGCGACGGCGACAGUAACUUGAAGCAGAUGACCGAGAAUUACUUCCAUCGAUUCAUCGCCGUCAACGGAGAGUACGCGGCGAUUGUUUUCAGGUCUUGCCUGACGUUGCUCCCGGAAGCGGAAACAACGUCGUUUCUCGUUAGUAGAUGCGUAGAGGCUAUGGAUUUAGCGGAGGAUGGGAACGGCUUGGACGGUUAUUUUGACGAUGUUAUUUCUUUGCGCGCCGAGGAUUUCAGAAUCGUUACCGAGUCUAUACACCAACGAUUUGAGUACCACGAUUUACUUUAUAAAAUCGUUGAUUUCUAUCUCGAGGAGCAUAAUGAGAAGACAAGCGAGGAACAGAAGACGCAGAUAUGUAAUUCCAUUGACUGCAACAAGCUCUCGCCUCAACUCCUCUUACAUGCAGUGCAGAACCCUCGAAUGCCUUUGCGUUUCGUUGUCCGAGCCAUGUUGGUCGAACAACUCAAUACUCGCCGCACCAUUUUCUCAGCCGCCGAUCACCAUUUAUCGCGUAGCCAUCGCCCUAGAACAAGCAACAACGACGAUGAUGACAACAUCACCCUCGGUGAAAUCCUCGAACGCGAUGCCACCAAGAGGGAAACGGCUCAACUGAAGGCAGCAAUGGACGCCACGAGUUCUCGGAUCCAAACCCUGGAAAAGCAGUUACUUUGCAUGAAAAAGAUAUUGCAAGAAUCUGAUGAGAAUGUUAUUGAAGGAACCGGUGGUGGGUCUAGAGAUGUGUUGGAAUCGGGCCGGUCAGCUAGUUUCCAUUACGAUUCAGGGAAUAAGAUUGAAAGAGCAUAUCUUGGAGCUCCUUCCUCAGCCAGUUUCCGGUUCAGUGAUGGUCCGAAAGAAAGGGCUCUGGGAUCUUCCACCCCGGAGAAUUCAGCCAUUGCCAGUCCCAGAAUCAAGAGAAAUAUAGGGCAGAGAUUGAUUAAAGGGAUAAAAAGCGCAUUGCGGGUAUCAAAUUCUGCAACAAAAAAUGGCAUUAAUAACAAGAAAAGUUCAGAAAAUGGUAAGGUUAAAGCUGAAGCAGAAAAUGGAAUAGUGCAUUCCAGUUGA